CUGCAGGUUACAGGUAGUCGUAUCGCGUGCAAUAGUCGUGUUUUGUCUGUGUCCCUCGUAUUAGAUAAUAGGGGACAUUUUUCAUCCACUAUUCUACCUUCUACAUUUUUACCACAUUGCCGCCAAGUCCUGAUACCUAGCUCACCUGUUGGUCACUGACUUAUUAUGGCCACGCGCAUUCGACCGAGUAAUAAACGGUGUGCAGUCAUCGGAGGAUCCGGUUUCCUGGGCAGACACUUGGUGGAGAAGCUGCUGGAUCGAGGUUACUCUGUUUCUGUGUUUGACAUUCGUCAGAGCUACGAGCUGCCUGGAGUCAGCUUCCACCAGGGAGACCUCUGCGACAAACAGGCUCUUCUCCCAGCUCUGAAGGAUGUAUCCCUGGUCUUCCACUGUGCCUCCCCAGCCCCUGCCAGCGAUGACCGUGGGCUGUUUGAGAGGGUCAACAUUCAGGGCACACGCACUGUUAUUCAGGCCUGCAUUGAAACUGGAGUACAGAAACUGGUCCUGACAAGCAGUGCCAGUGUGGUGUUUGAGGGAACAGACAUUAAGAAUGGGAGAGAGGACUUACCAUAUGCCAAGAAGCCCAUUGAUUAUUACACAGAGACCAAAAUUCUGCAAGAGAAGUUGGUCCUCGAGGCAUGUGACAAGCAGAAGGGUUUCCUCACGGUUGCCAUUCGUCCUCAUGGCAUCUUUGGACCUCGGGACCCACAGCUGGUCCCUAUCCUGGUGGAUACGGCUCGCAGGGGCAAGAUGAAGUUCAUCAUCGGUGACGGGACCAAUCUGGUGGAUUUCACCUUUGUGGAAAAUGUAGUUCAUGGACACAUCCUGGCUGCUGAACGCUUGGCACCAGACUCCCCCAUAUGUGGAAAACCCUACCACAUCACCAAUGAUGAGCCAAUUCGGUUUUGGGACUUCAUGUCUGAGGUGUUGGUAGGCCUGGGAUAUGCUGCUCCACGUUACCACCUCCCCUACACUCUUGUCUAUGGACUAGCUCUGCUCCUCUGGCUGCUGGCCCUGAUUCUGCGCCCUCUAGUGUCCUUCAAACCCACCUUUACUCCGAUGAGAGUAGCUCUGGCUGGAACACACCACUAUUACAGCUGUGACCGUGCUAAAGAGGACAUGGGUUAUAAACCAGUAGUCAGUCUGAAGGAGGGGAUAGCACGCACUGUGCAGAGCUACCCUCAUCUUAGACAAGGAGCUUGAUGCAUGGAGGUGAAGACUGUUUAGACACUGAAGGGUGUGGGCGUUGGAACAGAUGCACUGAAUGGACAAUUCAAAACAGACGAUAUACCUUUAUUCAAACCUCAAAGUGUGCCUUUCAAUAUUAAUGUACCAUUUUUACCAGCAGAGGGCAGCAGAUGGUUUUGUUUUCAGUCAACAGACACUGCAGUGAGAUCUUGCUUUAUGCCAACUUAAAUAUAUUUGCUCUUACACUGUGAAAACCACAGAGACUGAGACUGAUAGAGGUUAUUGCUUCAUUCUCAUGUGUUUCACUCCUGUGCUGUACACACUUUGAGAGGCUGCUAUUUUUGUCAAAAUGCUUCAAUACAAUCCAUUAAAUAAUGAUUCUCCUGAAAUAACUGGGAUGAAAAUUAUUGUUUAAAGUCAUACAUUUACAUUAUAUGGCCAAAAGUAUGUGGACCAACCUGCCCAGCUAAUUCUACAACAUCAGUGGGCUUCCAAACUUGUGCCUCUUAAAAACAUGACAAUGCUCUGUUUGCGUUGUGUAGGGGAACGUAACUGAACUGCAUAGAGCCCCCACCUUAACCACAUCCAACACUUUCAGAAUGAAUUAGAAGGCUGACUGUGUGCCAGGGCUUAUGACGCUUCAAUAUCGUAACCCCAGUAUUAGAUACUGCAUAUCAUCAGGGUGACGUGUGUACUAGUGACUGGAAUACUAUUAUGUGACUGUCAUCUAUUAUAACAAUGGGAUAGGUGAUUAAAAAUCCCUGAGCCACAAUCCAUAUACUUCCACAUUACAUUUUUCUUUCUGUCACUAUGAUGAUUUGUCAUAAUUUCACAAGGUCAGGAAACAAAAGAAUUUGAAGCUAUCAGUGUGCCUUAUUUUCACAGUAUUCAUAUUAAAUGUUAAACUGCUUUAGAAUUUUGUCUUUUCUAGGUGAAGCAUUUUUGUCAUUCCUUGUCUUGGUGUGGUGACAUCAAGGUGGGGGUUAAGUUCAGAUACUUUGCAUUCUCUUUUUAAUUCUGCACCAGCAGCACCCUAAUGAUUCACUGCUAGAGUCAGAGCCAGCGGGCAAGGUCGUCUGACUGGUUUCUUGUUCAGGGGAAAGAGGGAGAGGGAUCAAGGUAGAUAAUAGACUUGAGCAUUUACACUCGCCAGUGUGCUCAGCAGAGUGAAACUUUGGCUCUCAGACUUGCUAAUUUCCUCUUCCACCUUUUCUUUGUGACAUGUUGCGAAAUCUAUUCACACCCUUUUCUGAUUUAAAAAGGCUUUGAAAAUAUAUGCACAGCAUGUGUGAGAUUCUUCUUUUUGUACAGAAACAAUGGUAGACAUGUUAUGUUUUGAAAAAGUGCAUACUGUGGCCAAUUACUCAGAAAGUGCUUCUUGUUGCAAUUUGUUGAAGACAUUGUUAGACAAAGCAAGACACGCAUAGACUUGUCAUUUUUGUUUUGUUCCUCUCCAGUGUUCACAGACACAGUUACUAACUUUACACUUUGUUUAUCAUAGGCUUCCAUCUGCUGUCCCAUCUGCAUUAUGUACUACAAAAUGAUAAAACAAUACAUAAUAUAAGUUUGGUCUCCAAGCCUAAACAUAUAUUGUCAAUGUUUUUUUUUUUCCCUCUGUACAAAACAAAACUAUUUUUUUCAAAUAUAACAUUUGAAUUCAAUGUGU